UCACUGACGGUCAGAUGCGCUUAUAGUUGCUUUUUGCCAUCUCUAACAUCAUUGUGACUCCUUUUGGACAAGGAAAAUGUAUGCAGCUGUUAUCCUUUUGGUCUUCAUGUGCCUGACUGCCACUACUCAUGCAGAUCAUCAUCAUCACCCCUGUCAUUCACCCAACAUGACAGGAUUCAUGACUGUGAUGAACCUAAAGGGUGAAGUGAGAGCAAUCGGUGCAUUCACAUAUGAUUCAACGGCAAAGAAACUGCGGUUCAGAUCAAAUGAUAGCACCCCCAUCAACACUUCACUACAUCUGGAUCUGCUGGUGUUUUUUGAAGAGGGGAUCCUCUAUGAGAUUGACAGCAAAAACCAGAGCUGUGAGAAGAAAAAGCUGCAAUGCAACCUGCACCCUCUAGAUAUUCCCGAUGACGCCACAUUCAUGUCCACCAUGACUUUUGGGAAUCCAUCCGUUGAAGGAGAGGGAAUAAAACUCAACCUGUGGACAGGGUCAAUGGCAGACACCAAAGGCAAAUAUACAAUGAGUGCAACUAUGGGAUGUUUGCCUCUGAGCGCCCUCUAUUACACUGGGUCCACAACGUUCUUUGUCAGCCACGUGGACAUUGAAAGCGAGAUCAAGGACCCUGAGCUCCUCCUGGUACCUUCCUUUUGUCAGGGACUGCCUGUGGAGGUGACACCAGAGGGGACAGUAAACAGUUUCCUCAGUGAGUUCAUGUAGAAGAAGCCUCACCAGCAGAAACUUAAACCCCGAUCCAAGCACGGCCAGCCACAACUAUAGACUUUUCUCUCCUUUUCACGUCACUCAAGUUUUUAACUUGUGACACUGCACUACAUCACAUCUGUUUCCAUCACAUCUUCCCUAUUACAUCCUUAUGAAGAUAUGGCUUUGAACAGCUCAUAUAUAUGUAUACAUACAUUUGGAUGUAAAAAUCAAAAAAGCAAAAGAUCCAAUAUGGAUUAUAGAAUUAGACAUAAUCACUAACAGUCAGUGGCUUUUCAAGUUGGUACUGCCUACAAAACCUGUAAGAUAUGAUUAAAGGAACAAUAAAAUGUCAAA